AUGGGGUGCAAGGCUGUGUGCUUCGGACUGUCUUGUCUUCUCUUUGCUUAUUACAUCUACACACCCAUCCCCCAAAACAUUGAGGAGCGCUGGAAAGUCGGGAUCUUGGAUGCUGUCGUGAAAAUUAUCUCACUCAUGGGUACAUUGUUUGAAAGCAUAGGACUUAUGAGGUGCGAAGAAUGGUUUUUCACAAUAAUGAGACUGGAUGUUACAAAACCAAUUUCAGAUGAAAACGUUACGGUCCUCGACACAGCCUUUGGAGACAUUCCGGUACGCCUGUACUUGCCAAAAAGGAAGUUGGAAAAGCAGAGACCAGCGGUGAUUUUUCUCCACGGUGGUGCCUUUGUCUUGGGAACUUGCAAGCUGUCGGCUUAUGACUCCACGAACAGACGGACGGCUAACAAACUCGGUGCUGUUGUCGUCGGAGCAGACUACAGACUAGCUCCUCAGUACCAGUUCCCAGUUUCCCUGGAAGACUCCAUUUUUGUGGUCAAGUUCUUUCUUCAAGAUGACAUUCUUGCAAAAUAUAGAGUGGAUCCCACCCGAAUCUGUAUUUCAGGAGACAGUUCUGGGGGUGUGUUGGCAACAAAAGUGACUGAGCUGCUGCAGAAUGAUCCAGAAUUCAAAAAUAAAAUUAAGGCACAAGCCUUAAUUUACCCUGGCUUACAGUUACUUGAUAUCUUCAUGCCAUCUCACCAGGAAAACAAACACGGGCCGAUUCUGUCCAGGGACCUGGCAAUUAAAUUGGGCUCCCUGUAUUUGACCAAAGAUAAGGCUCUGCCCCAGGCAAUGAGGGAAAACCAGCACAUGCCUCGAGGGUCCAGGCAUUUGUUUAAGUUUGUUAACUGGAGUGUCCUCCUUCCGGAGAAGUAUAAAAAGAACCACGUGUACAAGGAGCCAGUUCUUGGAAAGCUUGACCCUUCAUAUCCACUUCUGAUGGACAGCAGGGUGUCACCUCUGAUAGCCAAUGAUUCUCAGCUGCAGAACCUGCCCUUGACCUACAUCCUCACUUGUGAGCACGACAUCCUGAGAGAUGACGGGAUCAUCUAUGUCACCCGGCUGCGCAAGGUCGGAGUUCAGGUCACUCACGACCACAUAGAGGACGGAUUCCAUGGAGCCCUGUCGUUCAUAAUGUCACCGUUUCAUUUACGUUUAGGCUAUCGGAUACAGGACAAGUAUAUUAGUUGGUUAGAAGAAAAUCUGUAA